UCUCUCUCUCUGUGUGUGAAUUUUAUUAGUGGAGAGAGAUAUAAAAGCAAAUUUCCCAAAUGAAACCCCCGAAAACAUUUACACAGAGAAAAGCCCUAGAAACAAAUUCUUGUAUUAUUUAGAGAGAAAUCGAAUCCAUAAAAACUUCAAUUUCAUCUUAAAAUUCUUCGAUUUAAUACUAAAUCGAUCAAUUUUAGGUUGAAUUGAAUCGAUCUUAAGUCAGAAUUGUUAUCGAAUUCACGCGCCUUCUCUUCAUUUCAGGUGCCCUAAUUUGAGAGAGAAAAAGAGAGAGAUGGAUUCAGAUGAUGAUAUGCAUGAUGCAAAUGAUUUAGAUUCACUUGAUGAUGAUUAUUACAGUGGUGAUAAUGGUAUGGGAAGCGACGAUGGUGAUGGUUUUGAGUUUGAUAAUUCGGAUGAUUCUGAUGAUAGUACAUCUCACCACCACCGCCAGCAGCCGAGUUAUACUGUUUUGAAUGAGGACGAUAUUCGUCAGCGUCAGGAAGAAGUGAUUACAAGGAUAUCAACUGUCCUUUCAAUUCCAAGAGUAUCAGCUAGUAUCCUGCUCCGUCACUAUAAUUGGGAUGUCAGUAAGGUGCAUGAUGCAUGGUUCGCCGAUGAGGAAAGGGUUCGCAAGGCAACGGGUUUGCUGGAGAGUUCGGUCGUUCCAAAUCAGAACAUGAAGGAACUCAAUUGUGGGAUCUGUUUUGAGGCCUAUCCUCAUGAUAGGAUGUAUGCUGCUGCUUGUGGUCAUUACUUUUGUAGCGUGUGUUGGACAGGUUAUGUUAGCACAGCAAUAAAUGAUGGACCUGGGUGUUUGAUGUUAAGAUGUCCUGAUCCAUCUUGUGGGGCUGCUGUUGGUCAAGACCUGAUUAAUUUACUGGUUUCCGAGGAAGAUAAGCAGAAGUACUCUCGUUACAUUCUUAGAUCUUAUGUUGAAGAUAAUAAAAAGACAAAGUGGUGCCCUGCGCCAGGCUGUGAUUUUGCUGUUGACUUCGUUGCUGGUAGUUCAAGCUUUGAUGUUUCUUGCAACUGCUCAUUUAGCUUUUGCUGGAACUGUACCGAGGAAGCGCAUCGACCAGUUGACUGUGUCACUGUUGCCAAGUGGAUCUUGAAGAAUUGUGCCGAGUCUGAAAAUAUGAAUUGGAUAUUAGCCAACUCUAAGCCUUGUCCAAAAUGCAAACGACCCAUUGAGAAAAAUCAGGGGUGUAUGCAUAUUACCUGCACACCUCCUUGCAAAUUCGAGUUUUGCUGGCUCUGCCUUGGUGCUUGGUCAGAUCACGGAGAAAGGACAGGAGGUUUUUAUGCGUGCAAUCGCUACGAGACAGCAAAGCAAGAGGGAUUGUAUGAUGAGGCGGAGAAGAGAAGAGAAAUGGCUAAAAAUUCUUUAGAGAGAUAUACACAUUACUACGAAAGAUGGGCGACUAACCAGUCUUCUAGGCUAAAGGCAGUUGCAGAUUUGCAGCAAAUGCAAUCUGUGCAUAUUGAGAAGCUAAGUGACAAACAAUGCCAACCUGAGACGCAGCUCAAGUUCAUUACAGAAGCAUGGCUACAGAUUAUUGAAUGCAGGCGUGUGCUGAAGUGGACCUAUGCUUACGGAUACUACUUAACUGAAAAUGAGCAUGCUAAGAGACAGUUCUUUGAGUAUCUGCAAGGGGAGGCUGAGUCUGGCCUGGAAAGGCUUCAUCAAUGUGCAGAGAAAGAAUUACAAACAUACCUCAAUGCAGAAGGCCCAUCUGAGGGCUUCAAUGACUUCAAAACAAAGUUAGCUGGACUGACGAGUGUCACUCGGAACUACUUUGAAAAUCUGGUACGUGCAUUGGAAAAUGGUCUGUCAGAUGUAGACUCACAAGGUGCCUGUAGUAAGACAACAAGCUCAAAGAAUUUGGGCGGGGUAACCAAAAGGGGUGGGAGGGGCAAGGGAACUACAUCCAGAACUACUUCUACUGGUCCCAGUAGGCCCCAAGAAGACUCUCCUUCCUGGCAUUGCGAACAUUGCACUUUUGCAAAUGCUAGGGCCAAUGUUACUUGCCAGAUGUGCAAUCGUUCACCAAGUGCGCGUUAACAACCCCCCACUUUCUACAAAGAUGACGGCUGCGCGUGAUUACAAGAACUUCAGAUCUGCCAAUCACAUCUUUGGUGGAGUUCCAGUACUGUGCCCAUCCGUGUUAUGUUUGUGGUGCUGUGAAUUAGGGUGUGUUCUUGGUUGGGUCAGUAGUCAGUCACCAAACAGGCGAAAGGAUAGGACGAGAAAGUUGAGAAUAAAAAGAAAAUUUAGGGAGGAAAAAUAGCCUUACUCUGAAGUACUUUGUUGUGUUGGAAAAAAAAGAAGUUGCAGGUAACACUUGUUUUAGGAUGCUAUCGUCUCUAAUACGAUUAAAAUUUACAAUGUACAUAAAUCUUUAUCUAUCCCUUGCAUUUACUUGUCGUGGUGUAUGGAAUUGGUUUUGUUUGCCAUCAUCAUUUUUUAUUUGCUCAUCAUCUUCUUUAGUUCGCUAUAAGAAGAAGGAAGGGUUUGUAGUUCUGUGCUUCAUAAAACUUCAAGAAGUAAUGUAAAAUAUAUGAACUUUCACAGGAAGACAUUUUGCA